AUGCCAACUGUAUUCGGAAUCAUCUGCUUGUUGGGUAUCAUUGGCAACAGUGUUGUCAUUUACACUGUGUUCAAGAAGUCGAAAUUCCGGUGCACCAGCAGUGUUCCCGAUAUAUUUAUUAUUAACCUCUCUGUGGUCGACCUGCUCUUCCUGCUUGGAAUGCCCUUCUUAAUCCACCAACUGCUCGGAAAUGGAGUUUGGCACUUCGGAGAGACCAUGUGCACCCUUAUCACAGCUCUGGACACCAACAGUCAGUUUACCAGCACAUAUAUACUCACAGCCAUGUCUAUAGAUCGAUACCUUGCCACCGUUUACCCCUUUACAUCGGCCAAGUACAGAAAGCCACCCAUUGCUAUCAUGGUAAUAUGUAUCCUUUGGGUGCUGUCCCUGCUCAGCAUUACCCCAGUAUGGAUGUAUGCUAGACUCAUUUCUCUGCCUGGAGGAGUCCUGGGAUGUGGAAUCACCCUCCCUAACCCAGAAAGUGAUAUAUAUUGGUACACAUUGUAUCAAUUCUUUCUGGCAUUUGCUAUUCCGUUUGCAGUAAUCUCCCUGGCAUACAGAAGAAUCUUGCUGAAAAUGGCAACUUCCGAGGCUCUAACGGCUCAAAGGAGUUCACGAAUCAGGACAAAGAAGGUUACAAGGACAGCGAUAGCCAUCUGUUUGGUUUUCUUUAUUUGUUGGGCCCCAUUCUAUGUACUGCAAAUAAUCCAGUUGGUGAUGAACCAACCUACAUUAGCAUUUCACUACGCUUACUGCGUGGCAAUCAGUAUGGGCUAUGCAAACAGCUGUAUAAACCCCUUUAUCUACAUCAUCUUGUGUGAGACCUUCAGGCGAAGGUUCAUCGUCUCAGUACGACCAGUAGAGGACCAUCCGCAGAGAGGGAGAAUGAAAUUCCGCACAGAUCCUCCGUCUGGCAGCGGGCAACCUUUACUUCAACUUGCGCCUGUUUCUACAGGCAGCUAACCAAAUCAUGCAGUGCGUGUAAGGACCUGCAAAUUGACCGUAUACUUGGUUAUUUAAUAUUUAAGAAAAAUAAUUUUUUUUUUUAUAAAAGGGAAUGUGGAAUUCUAGUUUCUCCAUGUAGUUCUGCUUCAUCUCUUAUGGAUUAAUGUCACCUACAGCAAAGAAAAUGUAUCCCAUUCGGAAUUCUAUUCCGUUGCCAAAUUUUAACUGUGAUCUCCUCUGACCCUUAACAUGAAGAAUGUCUAUAAAAAGAAGUCUAUUCUGCUUAAUUUAUAGGGAAGUAAUUGACACUCAUGAUGGGAUUGUGUAGAUGCACUUUACCAACCUGUAUGUACUGUCAUUCUCUGCAUGCCGAAUGUCUGAAUCACCUUCAACCAAUUCAGUUUUGCCACCUUUCUCUCAUUCUGUGAUUCUUCAUCUGUGCAGAUGCUAUGGCUCCAUCAGAAGUGAGACAAAU